CCUGACUAACAGUUACCGCCAAAAGCUCGCGCUCUGGUAACAUUACAUCAGCACUUAUUGUUGUGUAACCUUAAAUUGAGAAUGAGUUCUUUGUUUUUCCUCAAUCUUCCGGACCUGAGGAAUUUAUGUUGUGUAAAUCUGUUCUUUCCGAACAAUUGCGAUGAAGGAGAAAUGAGAAACAAACAAGUGAAAACCUGCAGGGAGCUUGUUCUCUUGCAUUCAGACAUUGUUGCUUCUCCGGUGUUGGGCCAUUUUGGGGGCAUCACUGUUAUAAUGACUAUUAGAUUUUACAAGAGCGGUAUUACCCAGGCCUUUGCACAGAAACAUGGUCUACAGUUCAACCCUCCUCAAAGGGUAUUUCCUGUGAUUCUGCAGACGUGUUUGUCUUAUUCUGUGACUGCUACACUGGCCCCUAAAUGGAACAAAGCAGGCCAAUAUCUUGUAGCAGGAAAAGAUUUCCUCAGUGACUCUGGAAAACUCAAUGCAGUUGUGCUUGAGCUGAGUAUCACUGAGACUCAACUGUGUGUCAGUGUGGAAGCCAACACAGUCAGACUUCCUCCAGCUGUGAUAAAGGAUUUUGAUAUUCCUGCUCCUGUGGUGAAAAACUUCCUCUGCACUGAUGAUGCUGUGUUGCAUACAGUGAUGCCAAAUAACUGGUGCCACAUUCUGCCAAGUAUGAAGAAAGGCCAAAUCAUUAGCAUCAGUCGCAGGAUUCCACAGGAAAGCCCGUUCCAAUCUUAUAUGGAGUUUCAAAAGCACUGGAGCAACAUGUAUGGAUAUCAGCUGCCCUCAGUAAGUGAAGAGGAAGUCAUCUACUGCAGUGUGUACUUUAAACCAAUAGGUGACAAGCUGUUCACAUAUCCAUUGUGCUGUAUCCGCACUCAGCCGGUACAGUGCUUUCCCAGAGUGGACCUGCAGGGGGUGCUGGGAACCUUCAAAUCAGAUCUGCAGGCCAGACUUGAGAGUGUGUGUGGUUUGCCAGUGCGGAUGACCUGCAAGCCUUGCUACUACACCAGUGAACUGAACAGACCAGACACUCAGUGCUUUGGGCCCCUGCCUGUAAAUGUGACAACAGAAAACAGCAGCAGAGCUGUACUGAACCAGCUUCCCAGCAGCUGCCCACGCGAAGCAGUGCAACACCGCUCCAGUCAGUGUGACUCAACUGGAAAACAGACUGAAAAGAAAAAGAGAUCCAGUUUGGAUUCGUCUGUUGACCAGAAAGGCUGGACGUCCUCCAACUUGGCAACUCAGUCCUCUUCCUCUCCCACUAAUGUUCAUUUUACUCGCAUCCAGUCACAGUCUGCACUUCCAAGACCAAAGCUUGUGCCAAUCUUCAAAAACAAAUCACACACCCGCCAUGUGAACGUGACUGAGAUGCUUGCAGUGAAACAGCAGCAGGGGCCGGAAGAGCAGAAGCUGACAGCAGUUAGAAGGCCUCUGUCAUCUACUUGUCUGUCAUCGUCUUCCAAACCCCACUGCUCCACACCACCAGCUUCUUCUAACCAGUUCUCCAGGCCUCCAGCCCCGGAGCGGAUGACUUUACCCUUUUCUAAGAGUAAGGAAAAGACCAACAGUGGAGUCACUGGGAUUCUCCCUCCUCUGCCUUUAGUACAGAUGCAGCCCCAAAUCAUGCCUGAGAUCCCCAGCAAUAGACUCUCAAAGGUCAACACAGGGACUCUGCAGGCAUGGUUGAAGAGUCGAGGGAUCAAUGUGCGCUCAAAGGAUAAGAAAGAGGAGCUGGUGUCAAAGGUCAUGAAGUGUCUGAGUGAAACUUAGGUGUGUUGGGUUGGGUUACUCGCCUAAAAACACACUAUAGAGACCUUGCAUACUGAGUUUUUGUUUGUUCCAUUGAUAAACUGUUUACAGUUCAAUAUGUUUGCCAUGAGUUAGGCCAUAUUCGUUGCACAUGACAUUUAGCUUCAGCUUUUUUUUCAAGCAAGACCUUGUAAGCUAAAAUCUGUUGUUUAAUUGGAUCCAGAGUUUAGAGAGAGCUACAGAUAGAUAAAAA